AUGUCCGAACCAACACAGCUCCAAGUCGACAAAGGCAUGUUGAUUACGUCAGUCCAUGCAACACGUGUCUUGGGUGACAUCUCUUUCACCAGGAACUGGACGGAUUACAAGCUGGGCUUUGGCUCGUACAUUGGCGACUUCUGGCUUGGAAAUGAAUUUGUCCACCAAAUGACGUCGGAGGGUAUGCACCAACUAAGAAUAGACAUAAUAUACAAAGGCAGCUCGUAUCACGCCGUAUACAACUCGUUUAGGAUCGAAGACGAGGCUUCCUCCUAUACUCUACGUCUCGGACAGCAUUAUGGCAAUGCCAAAGAUCAACUCAACUACAAUAAAGAUAUGAAAUUUGCAACAUACGACAGGGCAGACAACAAUAACUGUGCUACCAGGCACGCUGGGGGCUGGUGGUUUGACAGCUGUCACUAUGUCUUUCUCAAUGGCAUUUGGUUGUCCAGCAGUAACAGCGGUGUAGUUUGGUACGAGAUUUCAGGCUUCAGUAAUUCGCUGUGUAGCGUGGAGAUGAAGUUUCGCAAGCAAUUGUAGCUGUGGUUACCUCAGUCUCAUCAACCAUUGUCCAAGUAAUGGUAUUUUGAUUAAAGACUUAAAUACG